CACACCCAAUAAUAAUUCUCUCUCUCUCUCUCUCUCUAUAUAUAUAUAUCUGUACAUCGGCUUUUUUUUAAUAGCAAUCGAUAAAAGAUUCGGCCCUUCCUUCUUUCUCUGUCUAGAAUUCCUUGAAUUCUCCGCCAAGUUUGGUUUGGGGGUUAAUUGUUCAUGGGUCAAUAGAAGGGCGAAGAAGGUAACCCGGAAGAAUUACACCAGACGAAUCAUGGCAGAAGAUUCAUGCGAGAUGCAUUCCGAAGAUGACAAAGCGCUUCUCGAAAAGAACAAGAAAAGGAUUGUCAAGACACGUGAGCAGGUCGAGGCACUCGAGAAAUUUUACAACGAACAUAAAUAUCCAGCAGAAUCGAUGAAAAUACAGAUGGCAGAGUCAAUAGGUUUGACCGAGAAGCAAGUCUCCGGUUGGUUCUGCCACAGGAGAUUGAAGGACAAGAAAAUAAUAAAAAAUGGGGAAAACUUAACCACCGGUGGUCGAUCGAGCGGAGUAGUACAAGAUCGGACAAGUGGGCACAGGCAAGAUUCCUGUGGCAGCACAAAACAGGGAGAAGACAACAGGAAUUUCGAGACAAGGGAAGUUGAGAGCGGAAGGCAUGUUCCGAAGGAAUAUUCCGCAGUGGACCCCACGUACGAGCGUGGCAGCCACUUUGGCGGGACCCACAACAAUAACCGUACGGAAGAUGCUUCUUCCGGAAGCAGCUCCUCUCUGCGUAAUAUGUCCGGCCACCAAAAUGGGAGCCCCUUUUUCGAUGCUACUGCAGCAAUUUCGAGGUACCCCGUACCGAAAUUCACACAGCCGGAGGUGAAGAGCGUGCCAGCUAGGCGGGGCCCUUCUGGUUACUUGAAACUGAAGGGUCAAGUUGAGAAUGCUUCGAUAACUGCUGUGAAAAGACAGCUGGGGAAGCAUUAUAGGGAGGAUGGUCCUCCACUUGGUGUUGACUUUGACCCUCUUCCUCCUGGUGCGUUUGAGUCGUCGGUGCAGGAUGCAACUGAAGAAACUUACGACAGUGGUGAAGAUGCUCUCCCAGCCUCGCCUGAUGUUUCGAAAAUUCGCCAGAGUUCCAAGUUUGGCAAGGGAUGUGAAUACAAGCGCAUGGCGUCUAAUAACUCCGAAAUCGAUGGAUCGAGUUUCAAAGCGAGGCGCAAGUGUGAUAUUCCAAAUGGCUACAUUCCCGAAAAAUUUAGGGUAAAGAAUUCUGUGUCCAAUGGCGGUACUUAUUAUCCGAGUAGAAACUCUUCGGUAGAAUUGCCUGAAAAUAUUGAUAGAGGUAUACCUACUAACCCGCAACCGUACCGUGGGAAAGUGAGAGAGGAACGAGCAGAGUCCUGGUCCCGCAAGUACAAUGAUGUCAGCACAAAGAUUCCAGUCGGAGAAAAUAGUGAAAACGAGUUUUUCAAUAUGAGGAUGAAAGCAAAUCAAUAUCACAAUCCCGAGGACAAAGUGACUUUAUCCAGACAAAUUAUCAAGGAUGGCAAAAUGUACCAUGAUAGGAGGAUGGUAAAUGAAAAUCGAGUAAAUAUCCCUUCCAAGAAUGACUUCAUUGGUCAGAAAAGAAUGAGAGAAGAAUUUCCUCAGCAACAAUACCUGAAAAGAUCACCGAUUGUGGACAACCUACCACCGACAUAUCAAGUCGUAAGGUCUGCAGCAGAGAUGCCGUCUAGUUUUAGUGAAGACGAGGAAAGUGCAGAAACGAGUUCUUCAAUGGAUUAAGGAAAAAUGGUGGUGAGGAAAAAUAAAAAUUAUGAGCUGAAAAUGUGUUUUGAAUGGAAUUUCCGUAGAAUCGGUCUCAGAUUGGUGGAAGUGUUUAAGGUUUCAAAAUUUCUAGACUGGUAAUUAGAAAUAGCUAGUUUAUGUAGAGGAAUAUUGUAAUUAUCGAGGACCGGUGAUUUUUAUCCUGGCCUUAUGUCAAACAAAAACAACCUUGUUGUGUGUGUGUGCGCUAAUUUAUUUUCCUUGUACAGAAGCGGUUUUUAAUUUAAUUCGAGGAAACAAAUAAAUACAUCUGUCGAUUUUUAUGUG